AUGCCCAUCGACAUCAAGGACAUCGACGACCGCUCUUCGAUGACGAUGUGCUCGACCGCGAGUCAGGAGGAGGCCAACGCCGGUCCCAGCCGCUGGCGCCGGAUUAGGAAGUGGUGCCUUCGCGUUGCCCUCUUGUGCGCGGACGAAGUCGACAAGGCAUCGGUGACAUCGAUCGAGAAGAAGGACGGCCUUUACACUCCUGAGGAGAAGCCUCGCGGGUUGAACUGCAUCCGGACCCAUGUUGGUGAAUGGAACAAGCAGUGCAUCGCCAAGGUUCGUGACUGGUUGCUGGACGCCCGGAGCGCCUCGAACCAGGACAUUGCCACUGAAGGCUUGAUGCAGGACAGCGAGACGGACUUGGACUUCGAGAUCCUCACCCUUUCAAGCGAGUGCGGCAGCCCCAUCACUCCUACCGGGCUCCUGAUGACUCAGUGGGAGAUGGUGGAGGUCAUCCAGGCUGUCGAGGACGACGGCUCCGACAACUCCCUCAGGCGCAUGGUCGCUCGACCGCCGCAGCUCGACACGCUCUCCGAGGUCGACGAGGACAUCGACGAGGACAUCGACGAGGACAUCGACGCGCAGGAAUUCAGCUACCCCGUCAUCGACUUCAAGGAGCGCGAGCUCGGAAUUCUGUACGAGGAGGAGGAGGACGGAUAUGACGCCGACAACGAUGACAGCGGGUACACCGAGGACUGGGGCCAGGACACGAGCUUCGAGAGCAACGUCGAGCCCGAGUCCAUGUACAGCGACAACGACUACGACGACGAGAUUCCGCCCGAGCUCGCCCACGUCCUGCAGCAGAUCUCGCCCUCGAAGCAGCCUUGGAUCCGCAAGAGGUGCCGGUCUGCCCCUAGCAUUUUGAACUCGCAGACUUUCGCUACGCCGCCUGCCACCCCGCCCCGGCCGACUCGGGCCGCGACUCCCAGCACGCCUGAGACGGUGUCUUCAGACGUGUCAAUGAUGGACACCUCUGUCGAGUCGUCGUUUGAGGCGCUGAGGCGCUUCUGGGAGGAGAGGUGCGAGGCCGACAGCUCCUUUGGAAGCAUCAGCUCUGGCUCCUCUGCAUACUUCGCCCCUUAG